AUGUCGUCCAUUAUUGAGUUAAAUACACCAAGUAUUGAACGUCCAUUCGGGUUACACUUAUGGCCGAUUUUCAGCUAUGUAUUUGAGCUGAUCAUUGGUUAUCCAGCCGAGGACUUUGAAUUCGUUUACCACAAAACAUUCUUAGCCAAUGGAUUCCAUGCGAUUGGGAUCAUUAUUGUCUACUAUAUCGUUAUAUUUGGUGGUAGAGCAUUGUCAUCUAAGUUAAAAUUACCAGCAUUGAAGUUGAACUUUUUGUUCCAAUUGCACAACAUUGUGUUAACUUUAUUUUCAUUAUCAUUAUUAUUGUUGACCAUUGAGCAAUUAAUUCCAAUCUUGUACCAUCACGGUAUUUUCUACGCUAUUUGCCAUAAGAAUGCGUUUGCUCCAAAAUUGGUUACCUUGUACUACUUGAACUACUUGACUAAGUACUUGGAAUUGAUUGAUACCGUUUUCUUGGUGUUGAAAAAGAAGAAGCUUUUGUUCUUGCACACCUACCAUCAUGGUGCUACCGCUCUUUUAUGCUACACCCAAUUAACAGGAUCCACCUCAGUGGAAUGGGUUCCUAUCACUUUGAACUUGGCCGUUCACGUCGUCAUGUACUGGUACUACUUUUUGAGUGCCAGAGGUAUCAGAGUGUGGUGGAAAGAAUGGGUCACCAGAUUCCAAAUUAUUCAAUUCCUCAUCGACUUGGUCUUCGUCUACUUUGCCACCUACACCCACUAUGCCUACAGAUAUUUUCCAUCCUUGCCUCAUAUUGGCGACUGUUAUGGCUCUGAAUUAGCAGCUGCAUAUGGUUAUUUGAUCUUGACCAGUUACUUGGUCUUGUUCAUCUCGUUCUACAUCAAGGUGUACAGUAACCGUAAGACCGCGGCUGCUACUUCGAGUGGAGCAGGUCCAUCAGCCAAAUCAUCUGCUAAGUCCUCCACCGUCGAACCAAACGUCACCAAGGCCAGAUCUCGUAAAGCUUGA